UUCAAAAGAUUGGCUUCCCACCAAUUUAAUCCCCUUUCAUUCUUUUCUCCUUUUUGGGUCUCCGUCGUCGGGUCACGGCGGAGGCGAGCUAGGGUUCCAGCGAAUCCAUCGUCGGGAAACGGCCGUCUCCCCGCCAUUAUUUCCUCUCGCAUUUGCUGUUCCGCUUAUUCUUACCGUCCUAGCUGCCGGUAUGACGUCAAAAUCCACGAGCUCGGCCUCCGGAUCGAGGGUUCCAACCAAACUCGACGCCAAGGAUGCGCAGAUUGAUGGUUCACAAGACAUUGCAGCUAUUGAUAAGAUCUUAUCGGUUAUUGAAUCCCUGAAAAUGCAAGUUGCAGCUGACCGUGUCAUGGCUGUAAAGCACAAAAUUGAAGAGAACAACAAAAAACUAGGAAGCUUUACAGAUCAUUUAUAUAAUUUGUCAAUGAUGAGGUCUUCUACAAAAAUUAGUGGUGGUAAACCAGUUGACUUGUUAGCGAAGAAUCGGGAAGAUGCAUCUUGUACAUCAAGCAGCCUUGAUCAUACUGGAUGUGGAAAACAAAAUAUUUGCUGUCUUGAGGAUGUAUCAAAUGCUUCCACAACAACUGCUUUGGCAAAUAACCUUGGAGGACGAAGUACCGUGCGCCCUGUCAAGUUGCCAGAAGUGCAAAAAUUGCCUCCUUACACUACAUGGAUUUUUUUAGAUAGGAAUCAACGGAUGACUGAGGAUCAAUCUGUUGUUGGAAGGAGGCGGAUUUAUUAUGAUCAAAAUGGUGGAGAAGCCCUUAUCUGCAGUGACAGUGAAGAUGAUGUUGUGGAAGAAGAAGAGGAGAAGAGAGAAUUUCGUGGUUGUGAAGAUUAUGUUCUUCGAAUGACUAUUCAAGAAGUUGGGUUAUCUGAUCUCGUGCUGGAAUCACUUGCCCAACAGCUUGGAAGGAAGCCUUCUGAGAUUAAGGAAAGGUAUGAAAGCCUUUUGAAUGAGGAGAGGAUUAAGUUAUCACCAGGAAAGGAAGAAACAGAUGCAGAAAUUUGGCACGAGGAGUCCUUUGCUGAAAAAGAUCUUGAAGCUGCUUUAGAUUCUUUUGAUAACCUUUUCUGUCGCCGUUGCCUGGUUUUUGAUUGCAGAUUACACGGAUGUUCUCAAGACCUUGUCCUACCGUCAGAGAAACAGCUACCAUGGAGCGUUCCAGUUGAUGAUGCAGGAACACCUUGUGGCACCCACUGCUAUCUCUUGGAAAUGAAAUCAGAAAGUACUGCAACUGCCAGUUCUCCUGCUCGUGAUGCACUUGAAGAGCAAUUACCUCCUUCAUCCACCAGUACGGGAGGUCAAAUGAGCUCCAGAAAAAAGGGGGCAUUGGCUGGUUCAUCUAGUGGAAGAAGGUCAAAAUCUCAGCAGACAGAAAGUGCUUCUUCAACUGCAAAUCUUGUAUCUGAAAGCAGUGUAUCAGAAACAAGGUCCCGGAAGGACAGCUCAAUUUGUAAAGCAAUGUCACCUUCAAAAAUUGCACAAUCUGCAAAAUCUACUAUUAAUAAGAAAAGCAACAAACGGGCUGCUGAAAAGGCAUUAAUUUGCUUACGUAAGAGACAAAAGAAAUUGAUGGCUUCUGAUUCUGACUCAGUUGUGAGUGGUGUUUUAUGGCCAAGAGAUAUGAAGCUUAGGUCCACAUCACGCAAGGAGAACAGUGACACCACACCUGAUUCACCAAGAAAGGUGGAAAAACCUGCAAAUCUUAGAAAGUUGAGAAGCAAUACAUUACCUAUGUUAGAUGGCGAGAAACUACUUGACUCUAAAGUUGUUAAUAGAACACAGAAUGAAAUAGAUAAAGAGCAUGCGGUUACAUGUAGUGACAACAUGUCGCGGAAAGGUAAUCCUUGUGCUAAAACAGUUGGUAAACAUGAAGCCUAUGAAGAUAAAGUGUGGAAGACUAUUGAGAAAAGCCUAUUUGCUAAAGGUGUAGAAAUAUUUGGGAAGAACAGCUGUUUAAUUGCUAGAAAUGUUUUGAAUGGCCUCAAGACAUGUGCGGAGGUUGCUCAGUACAUCAUGUGGAAUCAAAAUAAACAUUUAUGUAGAACAGGAGAUGGUGCUAAUUCUUUGUCGGAUGCCAACGGCAAGGAUGACUGCAGCGAUACCAUGGGAACUGAUUCACAGAGGAGGUCGAGGUUCCUGCGGAGAAGAGGCAGAGUGCGCCGGUUGAAGUACACCUGGAAAUCUGCUGGUUUGCAUUCAAUAAGAAAAAGAAUGACUGACAGAAAGGACCAGCCUUGCAGGCAGUAUACCCCAUGUAGCUGUCAAUCUGCCUGUGGGAAGCAGUGCAGCUGCCUUCGGAAUGGAACAUGCUGUGAAAAAUACUGUGGAUGCCCAAAAAGUUGCAAGAACCGGUUUAGAGGUUGCCAUUGUGCAAAAAGCCAAUGUCGAAGUCGCCAAUGCCCAUGCUUUGCUGCUGAUCGGGAGUGUGAUCCAGACGUUUGCAGGAAUUGUUGGGUUGGUUGUGGUGAUGGCAUGCUUGGAGGUCCUCCCCAGAGAGGUGAUAAUUAUGAAUGCAGAAACAUGAAGCUGCUUCUCAAACAGCAACAAAGGGUUUUACUUGGACCAUCAGAUAUUUCUGGUUGGGGUGCAUUCUUGAAGAAUAGUGUAAAUAAACAUGAGUAUCUAGGGGAAUAUACUGGUGAAUUGAUUUCGCACCGAGAAGCAGAUAAGCGUGGGAAGAUAUACGACAGGGAAAAUUCAUCAUUCCUUUUCAACCUAAAUGAUCAAUUUGUUCUGGAUGCUUACAGAAAAGGUGACAAGUUAAAAUUUGCUAACCACUCACCAGAUCCAAAUUGUUAUGCAAAGGUUAUUAUGGUGGCAGGCGAUCAUAGAGUGGGAAUAUUUGCCAAGGAGCGAAUAUGCGGUGGGGAGGAGUUAUUCUAUGAUUACCGUUAUGAACCAGAUCGUGCUCCUGCUUGGGCAAAGAAACCCGAAUGCUCAACUUCUAAGAAGGAAGAUAAUUCUGUUUCUCAAGGGAGAGCCAAAAAGCUUGCGUAGGUGUUUGGAUCUUCAGGUUUCAUUCUUCCAGGCUAAGUUCAUUCUUUUUGGUCAUUCAUUAUCCGGCUGGUGCAAUCCUUGUUACGAGGGGAAGCCCCAUUGUUCGGAUUCUAUAAUUGUAUUAGAGGUGUCAAAUGCUCCAUCUGGUGAAUGCCACAUGGAGUUUCAUUUGUUUCUAUAGCGUACAUCUGCUUAUUCUCUACCAUUCAACAAAAACAGAAAUCCAGAAAAUCUUGCAAUUUUUUUUUUUGACAAAAAUUCAAGUGGGCAUCUCUCUCUCUUGCUGGUAA